AUGCGGAGAGGCGACGGGGAUCCAGGCCAUUCUGGAGAUCCUCUCUCAGCGUUUAUUAAUGAAUUUGGUCGUAAAAAUCAGGAUAUUAAUGAUUUUUCUCAAAAUUAUGACAAUUUAAUUAAUCAAAACGCAAAUACAGAUAGCUUGCAAGAAAAGCCUAUAGUUUUUAGACAACCAUAUGAGCCAUAUUAUCAUGCAACUAAUACUGUAUAUUCUCGACCAUCACAUAUUCCAUCAUUUCCAAUUACUAACAAUAUUUUCGAGCAAAACUCGCCAAUUAAUAUAGAGACGUCAUCAGAUUCAGAUUCAUUCGAUCUUAAUGAUAUAGAUUUAUUUAAAAUGCAAAAUAUUAGAACUCCAACUAAUUUUCAAAUGGAAAUCCAUCCAUCUUUUGAAAUAUCUCAGAUGAAAAUCGAAAGAGAGAAAAUAAUUCAAUCUCAACCUGAGAUUUAUAUUGAAAAUAUUCAAAAAUCAAUCGAACAAGAGCCACAGAUUCAUUUAAAUCACACACAUUCUACAACAGAAGUCUUCGAUUUACCACCUCAAAUAGAAGAACCUGUUCAAUUUGAAGAAGAGGAAGAAAGAUAUUUUGAAGGCCAUUUAACAUCGACAUCAGACUUAGAUUUACAAUCAGUACAAGUUAGAACACCAACAUCAGCUAAACUAGCAUCUCCAAAACCACAUUCUUCGGAGCAUCAUCAUCAUAAUUCUCAAAAACAGCAACAACAGGGUUUAAUUCCUCCACCACUAUCAAUACAAGAGAUGAAGACGCCAAGUACAUUACAAGGAAUCCGCCAUCACGGAAUAUAUUCCAAUGUAACACUCAAAAAAGUUCCAGGAAGGCCACAAAUGACAGAUGACUUCAUAAGAAACGCUCUUAAUCAGAAAUCUGCUAAGGAGGCACCCCCUCAAAAGCCCCUACAGAACUGUUGCGUUGCCGCAGCAAUGGGAAAUUCGUUUAGACCUCUUUACACCGAAUUUGGGAACAAAGAACCUCCAAAAAUACAUUGGAUGUCAUUUCCUGGUUUGAACAUCUCUCCUUUCGAAAACCCGCCUACGAACACUGAAGAAUACAUCGCGAAACAGAAGAAGAAACAAGAAGCUCAGCCAAAUGCUGUGGAAAACGAAGCAAUCGCAAUUAACUACUGCGAAAUAUGCAAGACAAGAUUUACUGACGCUGUUGCACAUAGAGCAAGUGAAAAUCAUAUUAAAUGUGCUCGUGGAUGCAAUUGGAAGGAACUUGACGACUUAUUUAAAGAUAUCAACGAGAAAUUUGCCAAAGAAUUGGAUUCAUAG